UUGCUUCAGUUUAAGUUCUCACACGUAUCUUCAAACUUGUCUCUGAAUCGGUUGUUUUGAUUACCUAAAGUUUUAUUUAUUAUUUUUACAAUGGGAGACGAAAAUAAUUUGCCGUAUCCUUUCGAAUUUCGUGAUAUUAGUGACGAGGAAAAGUCGGUUAUAGACAAACUCCAUAGUUUUCCAUAUGCAUCAGAAUUAACUCGCCUCGGCCCCAAGGGUUAUAUAGUCACCAAAGCUUUCAAAAAGGAUGCUGCUAACAUCUACAAUCUGCCUUUAAAAUCCAGCGAUAUAUUUGUCACCAGUUAUCAGCGCUCAGGAACUACAUGGACUCAAGAACUGGUAUGGCUUCUGGCAAGUGACUUGGAUUAUGAAAAAGCUUUAGCUGUUCCACUCGUCGAUAGAUAUUCAUUUCUGGAAAUGUUUAUGUUUGUACCAGACGCAGGAUUAGACAGUUUCAUGAACACUGUGAGUCAGAAUACUGAAAAUUUUAAUAAGGAAACGAUGCUACAAAUCGUUAAUUGGCUCGGUACUCCGGCAUCGCGCAAACUUGCCAUUACGCCGUCACCUCGCUUUAUAAAGUCCCACCUUCCCAUGUCCCUACUGCCUCCAAAAGUUUUAGAUACAGCAAAAAUGGUGUACGUCGCACGAGAUCCCAGAGACGUGGCUGUAUCAUUCUAUCAUCACACCAGGCUUUUCAUGUUGACUGGUUUUAAAGGGACUUUUAAGGAGUUUUGGCAACUAUUCUAUGGGAAUUUAUUGGCGUUAACACCAUACUUCGAGCACGUCAAAGAAGCUUGGGAGAAGAGACACGACCCGAACAUGCUCUUCCUGUUCUAUGAAGAUUUGUCAAAGGACCUACCUGCUGCAAUUCAUCGUGUGGCUGACUUCUUGGGUAAGAAGUUGGAUGACGCCCAAACAGCAGCUCUCUGUGACCACUUGAGUAUAGAGAACUUUAAGAAAAAUAAAGCUGUCAACUUUGAGGAGUUCAGAGCACUCGGAAUGCUCGCAAAGGACGAAGCAUUUGUUAGAAAAGGUAAAACUGGAGGUUGGCGUGACUACUUCGAUGAGGAGAUGACACAACAAGCUGAGAAAUGGAUUGCAGAGAACCUGAAGGAUACCGAUCUGCGCUUUCCAUCCACGAAUUAAAUGUUUUAAUGUAAUAAAUAUUAACUGACCUACAUAAAUUAUCUACACAAGCUUUUGUGACCUCAAUGGCGGAAAACCCUAAUAGAGCCACUUCUCCUGGAAAAGGCUGUACUGUCAGACUGACAAAAUUCACAAUGAUUAUUAAAUCAAUUAUAUUUCAAGUGUAUACAUUUGUGUGUGAAUGAAGUGGAAUCUUGUAACUUCAGUUUGAAGCAGAUACCUUCCAUCUAUUGAACUGAAAUUUUGUAUACACGUUUAAUUUACAUGAUCAUAAAUGAUAAGUUUCAUAAAGAGGUUAUUUUUUUAUAGUUCUUAAUUAAAUAUUUAAUCAGAAUAGUUCCUCGUUGCCCGCGUGGUUGCAACUGCUACUUUCGGGCAAGAAGACUCGGGUUCGAUUCCCGAGACAUACAAAGAAUUACUGGGUUUAAAAAAAACAGUAGUAACAUUAAAGGGUGCCCGGUAUAUAAUAUAUGGCAAUAGCUCACCCCAAAGGUCCGUGGUCUGUGUAUGUAUAGUAUAUGUGAAUGUAUAUUUAUGUUAGCCAUUUUU